GAGAAAAAUGGGAUUUGGAUACCGCGAAUAAAACAUUAUUUGCACACGCGUCUGCUAUAACGGAUCUGUCAGUGUGUAAAUUUCCCCCGUUUAGCACUUAGACGUACCAAUUAUGAAUAUUUUGACAUUACAGUAGAUAAUAGUUAUGAAAAGCGAAAAAAUAGCAGGGUCUGUCGACAUAAGUCUAUUUUACAGUCAAUUCUAAUUUUAGUAUUGGCAUUUUUUGUGUAACAACAUUGUUUGAAGAGAGAGAGAGGGAAAAAAAUCUCUUUAACCGUAUUGACAACAUAACAUCAUUUUCAUGUGACGAGGAAAAACAUGUUACGCGUAUUAAUUGACAUCCUAUGCAAUAUAUAUUACGCCGCUGUUGUUGGUACCUUUUUUCCGUUGCUGUUGUUGAAACGCCUGUGUGUGUACACAUAAUACGCAACUAAAUUGAAUUAAAUGUAAAUAAAAAAUGUAAUUACACCAAAAAAAAAAGAACCGAAACGAGAAUUAAAAACUACAAAAAACAUGAAGUGGGACGCAUCACGUUUUUUCUUCUACGUUGCACUGCUAUGUUUCGGCACCGUGCACGAGUGUCGCACACACACAGCUCCUUUAACCGAAACAAAGAAACCGUGUGAUAAAUUUGCAACAGAUGCACAACAGCAUCAAACGAAUGGAAUCGGUGCAUCAACGCCGGAAACUAACGGCAACAACAUUCAAAUGUUGUGCGAUGAAAAUUAUCAGAAUGACGACGAUUACGUUGUCGAAGAUAACGAACGCAGCCAAAAUGAUCAACCAUCGGAUAGGCGAUUUCCCUAUUCGUAUGGUAGCGUGCGGAAGCAGCCACACCAUCAGCAGUUCGAUAGGCAAAAAAGUGGCCAGCAUCGGGACGAUCCAAAUGUGGAAUAUACGAAGGAGGUUGUCAUCAAACAGGGUCGUUUAAAGGGUUUGGUGCGCCGAAUGCACGCUCAGAGUGGAUUGCGGAAUGUUGAUCAGUAUCUAGGAAUUCCGUAUGCUGCUGCACAACGUUUUAUGCCUCCAGCUGCACCGCAACCAUGGCUGGGAGUGAAAGUAACUACAACGCUUUCACCGGUGUGUCCGCAAAAUCUUCCACUAUUGAAUACCACUCAAAACUAUAUAUCGGGCGGUCGAUACGACCAGCUAAAACGGCUUUUACCCUAUCUGCGCGAUGAAAGUGAAGAUUGUUUAUUUUUGAAUUUGUACGUGCCAAAAUGGGAAAAUCAUGGACCGCAGCCAAAGUAUCCGGUGAUAAUUUACAUUCAUGGUGAAUCGUAUGAGUGGAACAGUGGAAAUCCAUACGAUGGAAGUGUUCUAGCUGCAUAUGGUCAAGUAAUCGUUGUUACUUUAAACUACCGCCUGGGUGUAUUAGGUUUCUUGAAGCCGGGAACCAGUGACCACACAGUCAGCAAUUUCGGAUUAUUGGAUCAAAUAGCUGCAUUGCAAUGGGUAAAAGACAAUAUUGGAGCAUUCCAUGGCGAUAACAGGGCGGUAACGUUAAUGGGUCAUGGUACUGGCGCUGCUUGUGUAAAUCUGCUUAUGCUUUCUCCAAUCGCCCGUGGCAUUGAAGGCUUAUUCCAUCGUGCUAUCAUCAUGUCCGGUUCAGCGUUGUCAGAUUGGGCGAUUGCCAAUCACCCACUACAAGCGACAAUGCAAGUAAUUCAAUCGUUGAAUUGUCCGCUAAGAGAAGACAACGAAGAAAUGCUGGUCUGUUUGCGCAAGAAAAGGUAUCAGGAAAUAAUAAAAACUCAAAUAGCCACUCCGGAGUUUUCAACCAAAUUUGGGCCGGUUGUAGACAAUCUUGUUGUACCAAAUAUACCAGCAAAAGUGAUGUCUCAAUAUAAUGAUGUGUUUAGCCGGUACGACAUGCUUUUCGGAUUAACUGAAAUUGAAUCGUACCACACUUUGAAUGCAGUUGGCUUAUCGCACGGAUUGUUGGAGAGUGAACGGGACAGCUACUUACGGUUUUACAUGCAAAAUCGAUUCGAAAUUCGUCCCGAUAUUGCAAUGGCCCUGACGCUACAAGAAUAUACGGACAUUUACAAUAAUCCGGAACGACCGUUGGCUGAAGAGCACCGAGAUACGGUUCUGGAAAUAUUAUCAGAUGCCAGAGUUGCUUCGCCAUUAAUUCAAACAGGUUUAUAUCAUUCUAAAGUUAAUCCCCGAAGUUAUAUGUACGUUUUUGGGCACAACAGUAAAGCCGGAGAAUUUGCUAAUUUACCCCAAUCCAUAGUCGGUGAAGACCUACCCUAUGUAUUCGGCGCACCAUUGGCUGCAGUGGGUCCAUUUCAAUCACAUUACAGUCCUGAAGAACGUCUCCUAUCAGAAGCUAUUAUGGUGUACUGGACUAACUUUGCGAAAACCGGCAAUCCCAAAGCUCCGUGGCGCGACAGCUUUUUGAAUCUUGAACAGAAGGCUUGGGAAGCAUACGACAUUGAUUGGCCGGAAUUCAAUGCGGCCAAUUUGAACUACCUGAACAUUGGCAUACCGCCGGUGGUCAAUCAAAACUACAAACAGAAGUACAUGACCUUUUGGAAUCAAUAUCUUCCCGAAGAACUGAAUCGAACCAUUUACUCAUCAAAAUCUUCGCACAACUACCCUGACUUAUAUGCACCAUCGCUGACUGUGUACACACGCGGAACUACAGUAUCGCCGUUUGGGUCCCGUGUCAAUUAUUAUCCCGAAAAGACGACAGAAGAUCCACUGCGUACACUGAAACUACUGUUGAAUAGGCCGAAUUUAAACAGAACGGACAUGUACAACACCCAGUCAACGGUUCUCACCACCACCUCAACGCUUAGUGCUGAUGGUGAACCAGUGCAACAUACUGAGUCAGAAAAUGAGAUUGUCGUCAAAGCCGAUGCAACGUUGGGCAUUCUCAUUGCGAUCGUAAUUCUAUUCCUGCUGGUGAACGUUGUCAUUCUGUUUGCGUACGUAAUCAAGAGAAAUUACUACGAUAAAACACUCAAACGAAAAUUGGAUGUCCUGUCACUGGAUGGAACAACGGACGACGAUCUGAAACGUUCAAAAUUCAACGAUUGCGACGAAAGUUUCAUUCUGGACGUGGUGCGAAAGAAGAACGAUUACGAGCCGGUGAAUCGAAAUCGCUCUCCAAUAAACGGAUAUUUGCUGUCGAGGGAACUGAGCACGAGUACGGUCGAUGCUCACACCAAAGUCCAAGACUGGAUGUCGCACGAAAUAACGAAAAAGGGAAUGAAGGCAAAAGGGUCGUCACCAAGCUUCUCAACGCGGAGCCGAAGCUUUUUCCGAAGAAGCGGAAAGGUUAGUGUGGCUGUGGAUGCUACGCCGUGCACACGAACUGCUAGUGUUUUGCGCCAGGAGCCAGCCGAAUUGCUUCAACAGUCUUUCAACUAUGACAACAAGGACGUCAUCAUUUGCGAAGAGGUGGACGUUGAUGCGUCAUUGAUUAACGCAGUCAAUUUGAGAGAAUCAAAAUCAGGCAACAGCCGGAGAAACUCGAUUUCAUCGUUAGGCGAUCCGGUCGAUAUCAUCAAAAUUGAUCACAGACAUUCGCGAUCCGACCCGGUGCAAACAUAUUACAGUUUUAAGCAAGACGAGGACAUCACAGUUUUUAUCGAAGACGACGACGAUGUCAAUGUAACGUCACGGGAUGAACCGGGCGAACGGGAAUUACUUUCACCAGAAGCUGCUCUCAAAGCGAUACAACUGCGAAACUAUCCGAAAGUAUUACCAAAAUAUCCACAAGACUCAACAGACUACGUGUCGUCGUCAAUGAAACGGCGAUCUUUACCCCCACAGUAUUUUUCCAUGAAUUCAUUCAAAAUGGCCCCAGCUCCACCGCCUCGAACUACAUCCACUCUCGGCCGCCGACCAUCCGAUCGACGUGACAGCAAAACCCUCACUACUUCGCCGAUAAUGAAAGCAGAAGAGCCGCCCGUCGAAGAAGAACCGGAAAUCACAUGCAAUAUGUUGCAUGUCGGUCCACUGAUUCCAAAGAGCAACGAGAGUCUGUAUUCAGCCCUACGGAAAAAACCAUCCACUCCCGACCAGAACAAGAGUUUCAGUUUCGAAAACUGCAUAAUUAUGGAAAACAUUUCGCAGGCUGACAACCAAAUGCCCGACGAGACAACCGACCAGGCCAAACCGUCUGGCAUCAAACCUCCGUCCGGCUUCAAAAUGUCCAAUGUCCAAACGCAAAGCGACAAAAAGACGGCACCGAAAAUUAUAAUCAAACCAACGGUGACACGACAAAAUUCAGCCGAUCGCAAAAACCAGAACUCGAAUAUAACAAGGGUUCAAGCGCCACAGGAUGCUUCCACAGUACCACCAGUUGGCGCAUCGAAAAUUCCAAAACGAAAGCUAAGCAACGAUCGUUCCACAUCGGAUUCAUCUUCAUCGGAGACGUCGUCGAGUACGACGGGAACAGUGAAACAAAUUUUUUAGGAUUUAGUCUAGGCCAAAGGGAGAGGCAAACAUUUCUUAGUUUAACAAUCCACAUUUUUUAUAAAUAAACUUUAAAGAGACUAUG